AUGAGCUGGCUCUGGGGCAGUGGUGGCAGUACUGCCGACAAGCAACAACCCAACGAUCCAUAUAGCAAACUCGACCCUAGCUUGAAAGACUUCCUCAGCAGAGAAACGCCAUUCACACCCGACACCCCCCCAUCAACCAAACCAAAAGCCUCGCCCGAUGCCGCGUCGAACGAAUACCGCUCCCAACUAGGCUGGACCGAAACAUCAACCACUCACACCCCCCAAGAUGAAAAGUCCACCGUCCCCCCCGAAUCCCUCUACCCCGACGGUCGCUACGCCCACCUCUGGAGCACCUACCGCCCGCGCAGCGAGAUCGAAGCCGCGGGUAAAAACGACGCCGACCGUCUCCGGGACGUAAUAGAAGCCUACAACGACCGCCGCACCGCCAUCGGGGCCGCGGCGAUCGAGAACUGCGUCAUGGAACAAAUGGCCGAGCGCGAGUGCUGGGAGACGGGGACAUUCUGGGAAAAGAUGAAUAUGUGUCGGGGCCCGAAUAGGCAGUUCUUACGGUGCUAUACCAUGCAAGCGCGGUUUCUGAAAGCGUUGGGGUAUUUGUCACUGAAUUCCGUGGGCGAGGAGGAGGAGCGGAUUCAGAUGCAUGCGGAUUCGUUGUAUCAUGAGAUGAUUGCGCGGGAAAGAGCGGCGGAGGAGGCGAGGAAGGAGGGGAGGGAGGUGGAGAUUGUUGGGCAAGUACCGCUGAUUACUGCGGAAAGCACGACCGCCGCGCUCGGGGAGAAAAGCGCCUGGGCUCGCGCGAGACAAAAAGCCAUUGCCGGCAAAUCAGAGGGCAUGAAAUUGAGCGAUUACACCCCCGAACGCCAAGAGCAGAUCAGGAAACAACUAGCGGGUUUGAAUCCGCAGGAGAAGGAGUUGGAGAUGCAACUUAUUGCUGCGGAACGAAGGGCGCAGGUGGAGAUUGCCGAGGCGAUUCAGGAGAGAUUUGCGGAGGAGGCGGAGGGUAGGAAGAGUAGAAGGGAGAGGGGGAGGGAGACGGUGGGGGAUAGUAUUAAGAGGGCUUGGGGUUGGGAUAGGGAGCGUUGA